AUGUCUGCCUUCAACGCUCAUCUUGCGGGCGCAACUGAGCGUUCCUUCUCUUCGUCCCUAUCACCGGACCGAGUCUUUGCAAGCUCAGAGGAUGAUAGCGCAGCAGCUUCCCUCGAUCCCGAACUCUACAAAAGCUUGGCUGAUAAGAGAACAACACGCGAUGGAAAUCCCCCAAAGAAGCGAGGACCCAAGCCCAAUAGCAAACCUGCCUUGACUCGACGCCAGGAAUUGAAUCGUCAGGCCCAACGAACCCAUCGAGAGAGAAAGGAACUCUAUAUCAAGGCUCUCGAAGACGAGGUUCUCCGCCUCAAAGAGGUUUUCAGUAAUGUCUCUCUUGACAGAGAGAGGUUGGCUGAUGAGAACAAACGGCUACGAGACAGCUUAGCACAAGCUGGUCUUCAACACAGUAGUCCACAUGUGGCAGGGAGCGCGACCAGUCGAGGUUUCGACUCUACUAACACAGGAUCUUCUCCUCUGACCUCGCAAUCGACGGCUCCCUCGGUCGGCUCACCUAUGCACCUUCCUGGGGCCGCCAAUCAAGGCUUCAUGCCCAACCAGCAACAACAUGGCAUGCCUCAGCAUCUAUAUCGUGGAAAUCCCGAGUUGGAACAGGCGGGAAUUGACUUCGUUUUAACACUAGAACGGCCCUGCAUGACACAUAUCCAAUUCAUGGUCGAGAGGGCCGCUGAACCUGAGGGCGAGCCUUGCGGUCAUGCGCUAAUGGCAUCCUGCCCACCCGAUCCAUCUCCAGAAUCACGCCCGGGCUUACCCUUUGGCAAAACACAUAUUCCUAUGGGUGAUGAGUCCAGCCAGAAGACAUGGGAGGUUCCCAAGGCAGAUUUGGCCACCCUCUUGGAUCUUAGCAAGAACAUCGAUCUCGACGGCGAAGUGACACCCAUCAUGUCAUGGGGCCUACUUAUGUCACACCCAAGGGCAAACGAGCUUGAGGCUGAAGAUUUCCGAAAGUUGAGCGAAGAGCUGGUUCGGAAAGUGAGAUGCUACGGCUUUGGUGCCGUGAUGGAGGAGUUUGAGGUGCGAGAUGCCAUUGAUAAUGUUUUCAGUGGUAAGGACAACAUGGUUUGCGAGUAA